AUGUCAGACAUAUCCAUAAGCGAGAGUUAUUUGGUAAAAAAUAAAGUGAUUGCAGCGGGCACUCCCAUUGAUGAUGGGCUAGCUUAUGAUUUCUCCGAUAAGUUUUCCCUUAUCCCUAAUUUGGAUAACCGUUUGCUGCAAAAUAUAUCACGGUGUGGCUACGACAGAAUGACUUCAGUUCAAUCCCAUGCAAUAGGCAUCUUGUCUAUUGAUUCUGUUAUUGAUAUUGCCUCUGGUAAAGAGCUUCAGGAAGAAUCCUCUACCGAAGGGAUUAACAUCGCUCUUUCCGAGAAUGCUCUUCUAGAACGUAAGCGCCUCGUGGGAAAAUAUGAUAUGAUGACUGCCUCCCAUACUGGCUCUGGCAAGACCCUGGCCUUUCUUACACCGAUGUUAAAUAGGCUGCUCAAAGCGUAUCCAAAUGAGUCUAUGGAGGCCAUUAAAAUAGGUCGAUUUCAAGGACAGUAUCCAUUAGCGCUUAUAUUGGCCCCAACUCGAGAGUUAGUUCAGCAAACCUUUUCGCAAGUCAUGAAGCUCUGUUAUUCUACAUAUGUUCGGCCAUUAGCCGUAUAUGGCGGCGAGCCACCAUAUCGACAGGAGUCAGAGUUGGCCCGAGGCUGUCAUUUACUUGUAGCUACUCCAGGAAGGCUACUUGACUAUCUUGAGAGAGAUUUAAUGCGACUUACAUUCUGCAGGUUAGUUCAAGAUUCAGAUCAUCUCUGA